UGAUAAUAAUGAAUCAAUGAUUAAAUCAAACAAAUCGAAUAAUUUAAAAAAUGAUUUGAAUAAAUUAUCGUCAAAAGAAAAGAAUCAAAUUCAUCAAGCAUCAUAUGAUAAUCUUAAUAAAUUGGAUAAUCUUAUGAUGGCAGCAGCAGCUGCUGCUGCUGCAAGUGGUUGUGUAUCACCAUUUAAUGAAUUUUCAGCUAGAAAACUAAAAUCAAAUAAUGAUCUUCACAAUCUUCAUUCUCAUCAUCAUCAUCAUCAUCAUUCAUCACAUCAGCAUGAUGGUGGUCAAUUUUUACCACCACCACCACCCACCAUAGGUGUUUCGAUAUCAUCGGCAACACCUAAUGCACAAUCACAGCCAACACUUUUACAACCACAACCACCGGCAACAGCGGCAGCUGUUGCUAAUUCAUUAUUAUCAUCAUUACCAUCAUUAGCAAAUUUUUCUCCAUUAUUAAAUCCGGCUACAUUAUUGGCCGCAACAACUGAUCCCAGUAAAUUUCCCGGAACACUUUCAGCCGCUGAUUAUUGUAAAAUUGAUCUCAACAAUCCGAAUGCGGCAGCUGCAGCAGCAGCAGCCGCAGCAGCAGCGGCUGCUGCUUUCAAUAAAAAUUUGGAUUUCAAUCCUUUCGCAGCGGUGACAACGACAACAACAACAGCGGCUACAACGGCUUCGGCGACUGCCACAAGUCCUAAUAAUAACAACAACACUAGCAACGUUAAUGCUAAUAGCAAUCGAAAUAAUACUAAUGAUAAGAAUAUCAAUUCAAUGAAUCCUACCACCGGUGUUGAAACAGUAAUGAAUCUUAGCCAACCAAUAACCGGUAGCGGUGCUGGUGGUGGUGGUGGAACUGGUAAACGUCGUAAUCAUGAACGUCAUCAUCGUCAUAAUCAUGAUAAAAAUAAUAGCAGUAAACAAUCUGGUGGAGGUAAACAUUCACGUAAAUCAAAUCAUCCAUCUAAACGACGUUGGGAUCCAUUAAUAUUAUCAUCAUUGACAACAAAUCCAACCACUGGAAAGAAACGUGUUCAAUGUAGUGUUUGUCUGAAAACAUUUUGUGAUAAAGGUGCAUUGAAAAUACAUUUCAGUGCGGUACAUUUACGUGAAAUGCAUAAAUGUACGGUCGAUGGUUGUAAUAUGAUGUUCAGUUCAAGACGUAGUCGUAAUCGUCAUAGUGCCAAUCCAAAUCCAAAAUUACAUACACCGAAUUUCCGUCGUAAAAUUAAUCCACAUGAUGGCCGUACGGCUAAUCCAUAUCCGAUAUUGCCACCACCACCAGGCGCAUUAUUUGGUAUACCCGGUAUGAAUGGUGGUGUUAUUACAAAUAUAGAAACAUUAAAGUCAACAUUCAAUGCUAGUACAUCAUCCGAUCAUUCACCUAAAACAUCAUCCGAUUAUGCAAUCGAUUUUAAUUCAAUGUCAUCACAUAGUUCAAGGGCAACACCAAAUGAAGAAAUUAUUGAUGAAGAUGAUGAUGAUGACGAUGAUGAUGAUAAUGAAACAUAUACCGAUGGUGAUGAUGAUGGUCAAAGUGAUGAUGAUGAUAAUGAUUCAACUGUUAGAAGAGAUGUCGGUAUUCGGGUAGCCGAUAUCGAUGACGAUGAUGAUGAUGAUGAUGAUGAUGAUAUUUGUAUUGAUCUCUCAUUUAAAGAAGAUACUCAUCAUAAUAAUAUUAAUAAUAAAAAUACGGGAAGAAAACGUAAAAAUUUUAAUCCAAUAAAAUUCUCAUUAAAUAAUAAUAAUAAUGAAAAUUAUCAGUAUUUAUCCAGUGAUGAUGAUGAUAAUGAUAAUAAUAAUAAUAAUGAUAAUAAUAAUGGUCAAUUAUCACCACCAUUAUCAGCAUCCGGAUCAUCUUCAUCGUCAUCAUCCGCAUCGACCGGAUCAUCUUCACCAUCAUCAAGUGAUACGGAAAACUAUUCAUCCGAUCAGAUUAAUAUUACUAAUAAUAGCAAAAGAAUCAAAGUUAAUGCCGAUGGUGAUAAUGGAGAAAAUCAACAUCGAUCUUUCACGACGGUUGAUGAUUGUAAAUCCAAUAAUAACGAUACCGAUAUUGAUGUUAAUGAUGAUGAUAAUGAUACUGGUGUUAAUAGUGAUAUCGAAUCGAAUGAUAAAAAUAAAAAUAAAGAUCUCGAUAAUGACCAAAGAAAUUUAGAAUCAAUAACUAGUGCUUGACCGAUGAUACACCGAAACAAUUGGAAAAAAAUUUUGU